GACGCUCUUGAUUUCGAAUAACGCGAAUGCAUCAGGUUCCCAGGCCAAUAUUGAGACGCCAGCCAAUGUGACUGCAGCAUUGACUUUUCGCUUGACACUAAGCUAACGCUAUUAGCCGAUAGCUGAAUGCUAUCAGCUUGUGUCCCCUGCCGUCCGGUGUAUGUGUCUUAAAAUGGCAUUCAAAGCCUUGUGUCGAGCGGACGCUUUUAAAUACCUCAUUGGUCCAUGCAGAACCCCGUUGGACUUCGAUAAGCGUCCAUUGAGCAAGACAUGUAGUUGCUACUUUUCAACCUCCAGCCAGAGAAGUUCACAGUUCUACUCCGAUCCUACGGAGGCAGUCAAAGACAUCCCAGAUGGGGCGACCGUACUGGUUGGAGGCUUUGGAUUAUGUGGCAUCCCAGAGAAUCUCAUCCACAGUUUACUAAAGACAGGCGUGAAGGGUCUCACUGCAGUGAGCAAUAACGCAGGUGUGGAUAACUUUGGCCUUGGCCUGCUUCUUCAGACCAAGCAAAUCAGAAGGAUGAUCUCCUCCUACGUUGGGGAGAAUGCAGAGUUUGAACGACAGUAUCUGUCUGGGGAGUUGGAGGUGGAACUUACUCCGCAGGGUACCUUAGCGGAGAGAAUCCGAGCAGGGGGUGCAGGGAUUCCUGCCUUUUUCACAGCGACUGGCUACGGCACACUGAUCCAGCAAGGAGGCUCUCCUAUAAAGUACAACAAGGAUGGCAGCAUCGCCAUCGCUAGUGAAAAAAGAGAGGUGCAGGAGUUUAAUGGCAGACACUACAUCAUGGAGAAGGCCAUCACCGGAGACUUCGCCCUGAUCAAGGCAUGGAAAGUGGACAGGGCUGGAAACGUUGUGUUCAGGAAAACUGCUAGAAACUUCAACCAGCCUAUGUGCAAGGCAGCCAAAACCACCAUUGUUGAGGUGGAAGAGGUUGCGGAUGUCGGUACUUUUGCCGCGGAGGACAUCCAUAUCCCCAGCAUCUACGUCCACAGGGUUGUCCACGGAGGCAGUUAUGAAAAAAGGAUUGAGAAACGCACAGUAAAGAAAAACCAAGAGGAGAAGCCCAAACCAAAGAAGGAUUCCGAUAUCGUCCGAGAAAGGAUCAUUCGUCGUGCAGCUUUGGAAUUUGAAGAUGGGAUGUAUGCUAACCUUGGUAUUGGCAUCCCCAUGUUGGCCAGCAAUUUCAUCAAACCAGACAUCACUGUGCAUCUACAAAGUGAAAAUGGAAUUUUAGGACUUGGCCCGUACCCCACUGAUGGUGAAGUAGAUGCGGACCUCAUUAAUGCAGGGAAGGAGACUGUCACAGUGCUUCCUGGAGCUGCCUAUUUCUCCAGCGAUGAGUCAUUUGCCAUGAUCCGAGGGGGCCACAUCAACCUGACAAUGCUUGGAGCCAUGCAAGUGUCAAAGUACGGAGACCUAGCCAACUGGAUGAUCCCAGGUAAGAUGGUGAAGGGAAUGGGUGGAGCCAUGGAUUUGGUGGCCAGCGCCGGAACCAAGGUGGUGGUCACCAUGGAGCACUCAGCAAAGGGAGGUAAACACAAGAUAUUGGACAAGUGCCUUCUGCCUCUGACAGGGAAGCAGUGUGUGGACCGCAUCAUCACAGAGAAGGCCGUGUUUGAUGGAGACCUUGCCCGGCUGUUCAUUUCCGAUACAGAACAUGAGGACUUUGAUGGAUUUGCGGAUGAGGAUUGAUUAAAAAAAAUGAAUAAAUAACGUGAGUACAUUGUUAAAUACUUCAAUAAAUACGGUGCCUUUUUAAAAAUAUUGUUUUAGCGUGCAUGCAUGCUACUGUAUGUUUUAAGCUAGCGUAUGUUUUACCAUGCCUGCACCCAAUAAUACGAUGCGCCUUUUGUAUGUGUUAAAUACAGAAAUAGACCCCGUAACUGAGACUGCGCCUUUUAAUACGGUGCGCCUUAUGGUCGUGAAAAUACGGUAGUUACUUGCCAUUCAAGUAUAAAAAUAAGUUAACCACUGUUAACAGAAACAUGGGUUAAUAGUGAUCAGAAGUUAUGCAAAAAGUCCAAAAUGAAACAUUGAACAGAAGGACAUUAAAAUGUUUACAGAAGGUUCAAUUAAGUUCAGGCAUUAAGGGCAUUUUACGUUCAUCCUGAAAUUGCACCCAAAAGCUGAAUAUCCCUAACUUUUUUGUGAGUCGUGUAUGUUUAUAGUCUUGUGGUUGUAGUUGCAUUAUACUGUGAAUUAAAAUACAGUGGACUCCCGCUAUUCGCAGGGGAUAGACCGUGAAUAGCGAAAAUCUGCUGAUAAUUCACGCUCAUUAUAAUCGCAUUGGAUUUUUAUUAUUAGUAUUAUUAUUAUUAUUUUUAAACCCCAAAAAUUCUUGAAGAAGCUGGGAUAAACCACCACUAAACAUUUUCGAGGUUGGUUCACUCCCAAAAAGAAAAAAGGAAAAAAUGGAAAACAUGCCAAACCGUGAGUAUGCCGGGCGGGGUCCUCUGUGCCAUGUUUGUGAAUUAAAACUCAGUUACUGCCAGCCUUCCCAGAGGACCGCUGCAGCUUGAGGAAAAACCUGAAUACCUAAUUUCAGCUAGGCAAAAUGAAUAAUUUUUUUUUUUUUACUCUGAAAAAGGAGCGUCCGGGUUAAGCAAAAAUCCGUUUGUUGGAGCCAGUGGAGAGUUCAGGUGUCGAGCAGCCGUUGCGCUGGUCUGUCUAUAGACGUGACACAUGACUGGAUGGGUGUUGCUGUGUCACGCUAUUUUUAGUGGGCUUAAUGGAAAUGAGACAUUUGCUUCGAUUUGUUUUCGUGCGUGCGCGCAAACCGGCUGCAUCGGUGAGGAUUCUAAGCAACUUGUUUAGUUCUCGUAAUUACUGUAAAUAAACAAACACGUAUUGUUUCAUGUUGUCAGCAAUUAAUUGCUUACCAACCGUGUCUCGUUCAGUGAUUUCUUCCCCCCCCCCCCCUACAGUUCAUGCCAUUUUCUUCCCUUCAU